AGAGUUGAUGGGCACGGAGGACAUGUGGCCCUAUCUGCUAGCUGUGAGCGGCCUGCCUGCUAUCCUGCAGUUCCUGUCCUUGCUGUGGUUCCCAGAGGCGCCACGCUACCUCUACAUUGACAAGGGAGAUGAGGAUGGUUGUAAGAAAGCGCUUCAGUGGCUGUGGCAGGAAGACGAAGUGAAUCUGAAGCUGGAGUUGGAGGACAUGAGGCAGGAGAGGCAGAGUGCCGAGGGGGAGAAGGCCAAGACUAUGCUGGAUGUGCUGCGAUCUCGCUGCGUGCGCUGGCAGCUGCUGGCGCUGCUGAUUCCCUGCUCUGGGUUGCAGUUCUGCGGCAUCAAUGCAAUUUAUUUUUACGCUUUUGACAUUUUCCGGGAAUCUGGUGUCCCGGACGACAAGAUGCACUAUCUCUCUCUUGGCAUUGGGGCAACGGAAGUGAUCACAGUAACAACAUGUGCUUUUAUGAUUGACCGUGCUGGCAGGAAAAGGCUGCUGGGCUUUGGCUACCUCCUCAUGGGAGUGAUGAUGUCUGUGUUGAUUGUCAUGCUGACCAUCAAGGACCUGUACUCCUGGAUGCCCUAUCUCAACAUUGCCCUUCUCUUCUCUGUCAUCUGUGUCUAUGGAUUAGGGCCAUCGGGAGCUUCCAUGUGCCUUUCCGCUGACCUCUUCCUUCAGGCUUGGCGUCCUUCAGCAUUUGCAGUUGGAGGCAUUGUUAACUGGGCCGGCCUUUUCCUCAUUGGGAUGCUUUUCCCCUAUAUUGUGGCCGGAAUGGGACAGUUCUGUUUCCUGAUAUUUGUUGGCUACUGCAUCUUCACAUCAGCAUUCAUGUUGUAUUUCAUCCCAGAAACGAAAGGAAAAACUUCAAUGGAGAUCACUGAGGAUUUUAAUAAAUUAAACUUUAAAAACAGCGGCACAGAACCUGAGAAGGGAACUGGUAUGUUUGCAACUAAGCUGUAG